AUGCUUAGUGCAUGUGCCAUCGCUGCUAGCUCCGUGGAGAAAGGAUUUUGCUCUGCUCUUACGCCCAAUGUGACGGAAGAGGUUUUCAGUUUCAGUUUUCGAUACCGAGGUGGCUGCCUCUCGAUUGCCACCCCAAAUCCGACCAGCCCGUUCCGUGCUGAACUGCUGGUUACGAUCUACAUCAAUCCGGCUGGUAUAGUCGGUGAUUGCGAAGUUGCUUUAGCGCUAGUCUAUACGCGUGCUUCCCAUGGUGCUAAUCUCGUCUCCAGAAACGUUGUUGAACAGUGGCAAGGUGGGCCUCUGCCUCUGCUACACUGGUCGUAA